GGGGAGAGGAGCGGAGCGGAGGAGGAGAGAGGGCGCAAAGGAGGGAGGAGGCGAGUGGGAGGGGAGCGUGGAAGACUCUAAGGGUGAGAGCGCGGCGGCGGCCGGGAGAGCGGCGAGGCGCACGGCCGGGGAAGGCAGAGGUGUCACGGGAAGGACAGGGCGGCUCCAGGCACCCACCGGCCGCAGCGCGGGGCUCCCUCCCCGGCCCGGCCCCCGCCGCGCCCCGCUCCGCGCCGCUGCCGGGCCCGCUCGCCCGCCCGCCCGGCGGCACCAUGGUGGACAGGGGCCCCUUGCUGACCUCGGCCAUCAUCUUCUACCUGUCCAUCGGCGCGGCGAUCUUCGAGGUGCUGGAGGAGCCGCACUGGCGCUCGGCCACCGACGACUACAAGCGGCAGAAGACAGAGCUGCUCAAGCAGUUCCCCUGUCUGGGCCAGGAGGGGCUGGACAAGAUCCUGCAGGUUGUGUCAAAUGCUGCUGGACAAGGGGUUGCCAUCACUGGGAACAACACUUUCAACAACUGGAAUUGGCCUAAUGCUGUGAUCUUUGCUGCUACUGUAAUCACUACAAUUGGUUAUGGAAAUGUUUCUCCAAAGACACCCUCUGGGCGUCUCUUCUGCAUAUUUUAUGGGCUCUUUGGAGUUCCUCUCUGUUUGACGUGGAUCAGUGCUCUGGGGAAGUUCUUUGGAGGACGUGCCAAGAGGCUGGGCCAGUUUCUGACGAAAAGAGGAGUAAGCCUGAGGAAAGCACAAAUUACAUGCACAGCUAUUUUCAUUGUUUGGGGUGUCUUGGUCCAUCUGGUUAUUCCUCCCUUUGUCUUUAUGGUGACUGAAGGCUGGGAUUACAUUGAAGGUCUCUAUUUCUCAUUCAUCACUAUCACCACCAUAGGAUUUGGAGAUUUUGUUGCUGGUGUAAAUCCAGAUGCAGAUUAUCAUGCCCUUUACAGAUACUUUGUGGAGUUAUGGAUCUAUCUGGGCCUGGCCUGGCUUUCACUCUUUGUCAACUGGAAGGUUAGUAUGUUUGUGGAAGUCCACAAAGCAAUCAAGAAGCGGAGGAAAAAAAGAAAAGAAUCAUUUGACAAUCAUCCUCGGUCUAAAAAACCCCUUCAAAUGGGUACCUCAAAGGAUGUGAACAUUUUCAGCUUCCUUUCAAAGAAGGAAGAGACCUACAAUGAUCUUAUUAAGCAGAUUGGGAAGAAGGCCCUGAAGACAAAUAAUGACAAAAUGAUUAAAGUAGAAAAUGCCAAGCAAAAUAUGCAGAAUGCCAGUAAAGAUGCUCAGGUGACUUACACAAAGACCAAGUCAUUUGAGUAUGAUGAGGCUUCCCUAGACAUUCAGAAUGGUCAUGUGCUGAGACAUCUGCAUGAUAAACGUGUUGGAGACAGCUCUCUAGAAGGAACAAUGUUUGUAAACCAGCUAGACAGGAUCAGUGAAGAAGAAGGGGAAGUGUGGGACUCGAGAGACUAUCGACCCCUAAUCUUUGAGAAUGCCAACAUAACAUUUGUAAAUGAAGAUGAUGAUGAAGAGGAGGAUCUCACAGAUGAUGAGGAAACUUCAAAAUCCUCCAUGGAUGAUAAUCUUGUAGAGGAACCUGAAACUGCAAAAAAACUGGUAAAAUUCCCAUCUUCUGAUGACUCUACCUUUACUAACAAUGAGCUGGAACUUUCUGUGCCUUAUGAACAACUGAUGAAUGAAUAUAAUACAGUAAGCAAUGUGAAGGCUGCAACGUGAAGCACGUUUGACGGUUUUCUGAAAAUGGUCAGUGCAUAUUGAACAAAUUAAUGGAGCAAGGAGAAGAGCAUGUCUCUGCAGUUUCUUCUAUCUCUCUGAAAACAAAAGCAAGCCCCAAACUAAUAAACUCCAGUGUCUUUUUGCCAUCCUAAGUUGGUUUCUGAGCCCAUCUGAUUUGCUUUUCUGUUUUUUAAGAAAGCUUUUAAAAUAACAGUUGAAUUUGGAGUCCUUCUCCUUCCUGGUAUUUUAUAGUUCUUCAACAAACUAGAAAAGAAAAGACUAGUUAUUACACUGGACCUGCUCUGCAUUUGUGCAUUUCAUGGAGAAAUUAGUUUGGGAGUGAAACUAUACUGUUGCGUACAGACUGUUUUGGGCAUCAAAUGUGUCCGGUUACUCCACUAGCCCUUCACCUCUGAAAACCUGGAUUUGAAUUCUGCUUUGAUGACAGAUGGAAAAAAGGAGUGUGAGGUUUUUUAGCUGUCCAUUGUUAAGUUGCUACCACAAAAAAAUGGUACAACUGCUAGUUGUUCUAAGGAGAAACUUGAGAUGGAAUACCAGGACACACAGAUCUGAGCUGAGGUGCAUUGGCAGACUGGGGAGGAAGCUUCUAAAAUAUCUGCCUAGAAUAAAUCAGUAUUGGUCAAAAGAUAGUAAAUAAUAUUUUUGUGAAUAAAAUAUUAAAAUUAAAAAUUCCAAAGGAAUGGAUUGAGAAGGAGCCCUCUAACAAAGAACAACUCAUCUGGAAUGAAGCUCACCUAUCGGGCUGCUAAACUGCCUAUCAGCCCCAGAACUGUUAGGGGGAAGGUGACUGGAAGAACUAUUGAUCAAAGCAUAUACGAGCACAAGCAGGUUGCAACUUUUUUUUUUUUUUUUAAUGUUGAAAGUGUCCUUCCACUGUCCAUUUCCUAGAGGAAAUACUUGAAUGGACCUUAUACAGUAUCUGUGUACAGGUGAAGCUUUAGUGACUCUGUUCUUCUGAGAAAAAUCAGCUUUGGAGGAGCAGAUACUCUCCAAAUGCCCUGAAGCCUGUCAGAAGGGACCUUUAGCACUGCUGCUCUGUGCAGUGUGUUUGUCAGUAUUGUUGUUUGCUGUUCCUCCCUGCCUUGGUACUUCAGACUAGACUUGAAUGAGAUGAUUUCUGAAACAGUUGGUUAUACUUUGUUUGUUUGUUUUUUUUUUUUUUUUUUUUUUUUUUAAGCCUGACUUGUGUGGGUACACAAUGGUUAUUCUGUACCACCUUCAAGAAGGCUGGGUAAUGUCAGAUCUUGUAUAAAACUGAGAUGUGGUUUUGUGACUUAAGACCAUAAGGCACUUUUUUUAAGCAGACUUCAGCUCUGAGCUCUACAAAGUAUUAUCACUUGACUUGGAGAUGGGCUUCUCAUUGAUAUAAGGAAGUAUAUCAUUUAAUGACAUUUAAGCCCAAAUCAUUUUGCCUACAAAAAAAAAUUAUAGCAUGGGUUUUAUUUUUCUUCCUUUUUUCUAUACCUGUGCAUUAAUCCCGACAACUCUUUCAAAUGAGGCUCUUGAUCACAUGCUGGCAAAAGGUACUGAUUUCAGUGGUAUCAGAUAUUCUUGGAACAGAAAAUUGUCAAGACCUUUGAACUUUAACAUGGCAAGUUCUGUUGUUUUGUUUAGUUUUACAGUACUUAAGUCAUUCCAGUAUACCCUAAAGUUUCCAAAGUUCAGUGAACAGUUAAAGUUGUCUCAUUUUCAGUGUAGUGCUGGCAGACUCAUUAGCUUUGUAAGAAGGGUUUAUGAAAUCUUGCAAUGCUAAUCUUGAAUUACUAAAUUUUCUAAUAACUGCAAAUACUGACUGCUGCUUGAAUUGUUGGCCUCUCUUUCCAUGUGAGGAAGAGGCCACAAGGGAGCCCAGCUCUCUGGCUGGAUAUCCUGUUGACAAGAAGUUUUGAAGUCACCUACUGUGAAACAAGGGAAUGUCUUUAUUUAAAUUUCUUUUUAGAAGCUUCCACAUAUAUGAGAUGUUCAAACUGAAAGUUAACACAAGGCGAGGGCCAACUCUGUAACACUGGCAGAAAUGUGGAAUCAACAUCACUGGAUGCAGUAGUUAAUUCAUAUUUGAUAAUAUUGCUGAAAGGAGAUUCUAAUCUGAAGUCCAGUGGCAUUACACUAUUGCCAUUUGGAGUGGGGGUGGCUGGAUUAAUUUGAGUUCCAGCUGACAGGAAAGAGGGAGAGGCCCUAUUGAGAAGGUUCUGAUUUAAUUCUGUUAGAUUUCCCCCCCAUUAUUUUAAAAGGACUCCCAGCCCUUCAACUAUUUUGUUGUAUAUGAAGGGUUGUGGGUGACAACUCUACCUUAUAGCUGUAGGAAAUGGUAAAGCAAGACAAUGUACCUGAUAUAAAGGAUGCUUGUGUAGCAAGUCUAACCUUCUCUUAAAAAAAAAAAAAAAAAAAAAAAAGUAUAUUAGCUUACAAGACAAUGAAAAAGCACUCCAUACAGCUUCUGUUGUCCUCCAACUUGUCUUCCAUUAUUGAUGCAAAGAUCAAAGUUUUAGCAACAGUUAGUAAGCUACAGGAUGGUGAGGACGGAAAAGGCUUGCCAGCUGGGAAAAGCAUAGCCAGAGUGUGAUCUUCAUCAUCAUCUUUUUUUUUUUUUUUUUUUUAACAAAAAGGCAUCUUCUUUAAUACAGAAAUAAUACAACCCAGACACUUGGCUGGGCUUUUUGAUUGGGAGGGGAUGUUGAACACUGGAACCCAGACUCUCCAUAGUGGAGUGCACUUGUAUGGCAGAGCUGAGGACGGAUGGGAUCUGUUUCAUAUUAUCAAGUUAGAUGAGGCUCUUUGGCCUUUCCCAGUGCAGUCAGCAUAGACUAUAAGUCUGCAUAACAAGCAUCAUGGGAUUUAAAGUAGUGGUUUAAAUUUAUUAAAACAAAGUACAAAAUUCCCACUUUUGGGGGGAAACAUGAUUACACCUCACAAAACUGUUUUCAAGACAACCCACCAUGUGCCUUAAUGCAAUUUUAACACUGGGGGAAAAAAUUCACCUCUUUGCACAGGGGCCAGCACAAGUGCUAUGUUCAAGUUAAGCCAUGCUUGUUCUCUGUAUUUUGGAGGAGUUUAGUUGGCACACAGCUUUCAUACUGGCUCUCUACAAAAAGUCGAACCAUUUCCCAGGGUUUUUAGAAUUACGGUGCCAUCUCUGAACUGCUGAAGUGCUAAGCAAGACAGCUUUUUGCCUGCUUGUCUUCCACGUCUUGAGAAAAGAAGCUGCCAGCUGCCUGGGGAACCUAAAUUAAUACUCUCUUUCUGCCUUCAGAUUUACAUGUAGUGAGUUAGAAGAGUGUCCAGACUGGGUUUUAAGCUAUUCAGCCUUAGAAGUACUUGUGGUUAAUUUGGGGGAAUUCCCCAAUGCUGUUUGGUAAGGUCACAUAAUUAUUUCAGUUAUUUGGGCAAUGUGGAAACAUUUUCUUUGGAUGCCAUUUAAGAUUUCAUUUGGCUAAACAGCAAUGUGAAUAACUUUUAAUUCUAUGUAAUUAAUUUUUAUAGGUGAAACAUCUCUUGCUGGGAAGAGAGAGAAGGGAGGUUUUUUUGUUUUCUUUUUAAAAGCAAGCCUAUAAGGAUGUAUGAAGAAGGGAUGGAAUAAAAGUGAAAAUUCUUCUUUCUAGCUAUUGUAUGCAAAUAAAUUGAUUUCUAGUCACUUCUAGGCCAUUAUAUUAAGCAUAGGUCCACUUGCACAAUAUUAACUUAAUUUUGCCAAGAUGAGCCAAUAAUUCAAAAAAAAAUCUUGAAAUUUUUUUUAAAAAUGUGUUCCUACAAAGGCCCUUUUACAAUUAAAUGGUAUAAAUUAGGUGGCCCUAUCCUUCAUGACAUCAUUGUGACACUUCUUGCUUUUGUGUCUUGUGCUAUUGAAACCUGUUUUAGGGUAACCAGAAGGGCAUCAGUAGCAGAUACAUAUCUCAUGGCAGGCAGUCUUAACACACCUGAUACACUGGUACGAAAUCACUGAGGAAAUACAAGAAGUGUUGUUUUAUGUUUUUCUCCGCUAGUGAUUUGUGAAUCUGUUGCUGGCAAUGGAUGUCACAAAACAUGCAGAAAUAAAAUGAUAGACUGAUAACACGUCCAAGGUGACACAGUUGUAUAUGUUGAGAUAUCUUUUCUCCAGUUGAUCUGGGAGAGCACAGGUAAAGACAGACAAGCUUUGCUGAUAAGGAGAGCAAAAAGCAAUAUACAAGUCUGUUGACUUAAACAGAAACCUAAGAACUCUGUUGUAGACUUGUGACUUUUGUGCCUCGUGGGCUUCGUUCCACUUGUGAUACAUUUACCUUUUAAAAACUUUGCUUGUCUUUCAUAUGGCUUUUGAAGUUUGUACAACCCUGACUCUAUCACUCCAUAAUAUGCCUGUCUGUUUGUUCUUUGUUGCUGAUUGUCAGUGGAGUCACACUGUAUGUAAAUAUUUGCUAAGUCUUUGUAAAAUGUAAUUUAUUUUAAUAUUUUGCAAUAAAAAAUUACAAUUUA